GUUUUAUUGCUAUGCUUGAUUUGUUUUAUUUGAUUCCAGAGUUCAAAAUGUUUCCGGUCUUGUUUGCUGUCGUGAUAAAUAUAAGUAGAAAAAAAAUAUUUAAGAAGGAAUGAAAGCAAUAGUUGAAUGUCAGUUAAUACAGACCAUGAUAAUUUCUGUUACCCAAUUAGAGUUGAUGUAAUCUGUCAUUAUAGUAUUUUAUUAUUAUGCUUGAUUUGUUUUAUUUGAUUCCAGAGUUCAAAAUCUUUCCUGUCUUGUUUGCUGUUGUGAUAAAUCUGACUAAAAAAAGUUGGGGGAAAAAAAGCAAUCAUAAAAUGUCAGUGACAGUUGAGGAUGAACGCAAUCUUUCCGUCAUGUGUCAACGUGAUGACGACAUACGUGGCGCUGAAGCCACGUGACUCCUUCACCUGUGCCCAACCUGUUUAUCUCCGCUGCUCCACCGCGUCGCCGCUCAACGAGGCAUUCAAACUGUUUCCACUGAGAGUUUGCCAUUUUUCGCUUGUUUUUCAGAGUAAACGACACCAUCUGUGGCGGCUUUUGGAUGUUUUCUUGUCGCUUUUGCUCGACUUUUUUGCUCGCUGACUGUGCGGACUUUGACCUCGGUGAGGCACCUGUCUCAAACAAGGAAGUCUAGCCUGUUGAGUCGGAUGAAGUCGACGGGCCGUUUGUAAAUGGCAUUAAAUGGACACUUUGCGUUAUUCUGAAAGGUGUCUUUUAUUCUUAAUGUUUAUCCCGUAACGUUGGUUUGUGGACUGUUUGUGUACAGUGUCGUUUAAACGGGAUAAAGCUGCUUCCUCUUUCCACUUUACAAGAUGAACAUUUCUCCGGAAGACAUGGAUUCAUCGGCCGAAAAUAAUUCCAUUGUGCACCUGGCUGCACCAAUUCUCCCAGACAAGUCAGACAUCUCCAAUAUGACCAUUAUCCGGACAAGCAACGGUUCCAUUAUCGAGGAUGAGAUGUUUUUAAACACAGUGGCUGCUCAGGCCCUCUCAGGGAUAUUUGUCUGGUCUGCCUUGCUCAUAACAUGCCACCAGAUCUAUACACACCUUCGAUCCUACACCGUCCCUAAUGAGCAGCGCUACAUCAUCCGCAUCCUGUUUAUUGUGCCAGUUUAUGCCUUUGAUUCUUGGCUCAGCCUCCUCUUCAUCAGCAACAACCAGUAUUACGUCUAUUUUGAUUCUGUUCGGGACUGCUACGAAGCUUUUGUCAUUUACAAUUUCCUGAGCCUGUCCUUUGAGUAUCUGGGAGGAGAGAGUGCAAUCAUGUCAGAGAUCCGAGGGAAGCCCAUCCAGUCAAGUUGUCUCUAUGGUACGUGCUGCCUCGUCGGAAUGAGCUACUCCAUCGGCUUUUUAAGAUUCUGCAAACAGGCGACUCUCCAGUUCUGCGUUGUCAAACCCAUCAUGGCAGCCAUCACCAUCAUCCUGCAGGCCUUUGGCAAAUAUCAUGAUGGAGAUUUUAAUGUGAACGGAGGAUAUCUGUACAUCACAAUCAUCUACAACUUCUCUGUCAGCCUGGCCCUCUACGCUCUUUUCCUCUUCUUCUUCGCAACAAGUGACCUGCUCAGGCCGUACGAACCGGUGCUCAAAUUCCUCACAAUUAAAUCUGUCAUCUUCCUGUCCUUCUGGCAAGGAAUGGUCCUCGCCAUCCUAGAACGCUGCGGUGUCAUUCCCAAUGCACUUUUCAUCGACGGGCAGGAAGUCGGCGCCGGCACCGUGGCAGCAGGCUGGCAGAACUUCAUCAUCUGCAUUGAAAUGUUCUUCGCUGCCAUUGCUCUCCGAUAUGCCUUCACCUGCACUGUCUACCAGGAGAAGAAAAACGAAGUGCCAGAAAACAUCCCCCCAAUGCAGAGCAUCUCCAGCGGUCUGAAGGAAACCAUAAACCCAGGAGACAUGGUACAGGACGCCAUCCACAACUUCUCCCCAGCCUAUCAGCAGUACACCCAGCAAUCCACACAGGACGUGACCCACCCCAGCGCUAAUGGAAAAGUAGCCACGGGCAGCAAGAGCUCCCGCAAGUCCGACAAAAUCAUGCUGAUUACAUCUGAUGACGAGUUCUAGGCAUAUUUCCAGCAAGAUCCAGGUGUUUGUGCCCCCGCCACCUCCAUCUCUGUCCCCCCGGGGAGCCUGCUGUAUUGCAUGACGCACAGAGCUGGAUUAAACCCAGGUGUUUAAUUUUCAUGAUCCCAGUAUUUAUAAUGGACUGCUUACAUCUGCCCUACUUUAAAGAUAAUUUAAACGGCAAGAAGAGGAUGAAAUAUAAUGCUGUUAAAAUCAAUAACCAGAGAACCGAUCUGUCUCCAUCUUGGGAUUAAUAACUACAGGAAAAUGACAUGUCAUCUUCACCGUAUCAGAAGUUCGGAGCUGUGCAUUUUCUCUAAAUCAAGCUGCUGGAUGUUGAGCUGAGUCCCUGAUGCUGAUUCCAUCAUUAUGUCCCUGCUUGCUCUCUGGCCAUGUGAAGUGCGCUCUUUCUGAUUCAUGUCGGUUUCAAAGAAGAGAUGAUUUAUACGUGACUCCAGGUGGGAAGCAGGGAAGCCAGCGAUGGCUUAGAAUGGCACUUCAUGGACCGUUUCUCGCGUCUCCUCGUUUGAAGUAUUUGCUGAGCAUUCCUCUGCAUGAUUUCCUGACAAAUGGAAGGAUUCAUUCAAAGACACAUUAGUUUUGGAGCAGGCACUUCAAACUGCAGACUGCGCUUCACAAUCCUUUGUAUCUACCAUAGCAGAGACAAAUUGGAUAAACCUGUCUCCUACAAAGGCUGAGCUAUAUUAUUCACAUUAAUUUUCUCAGCAUCCAAAAGAGUGUAAUUCACUGCAACUAGACAGCUGUUUAACAGAUGCUAACAAGUCUCUUUGCAGCCUCUGCAUUAUUGUAAAUGCUUCCGGCAAAGCUUCUUGUGAUUGACAGGUUCACACCACUAUUCAAAAUAUAAUUCAAUGUUCCAGAGAUUAUGAUGUACAAAACUUUAUUAGUGCACAUUGUGGCAUUUAAUAUGUUUCGUUUGUGUAAAAUAAUGUGUUUGGAUUAAGAAUUGGAAAGAUCUUAAUGUAUUUAUUGUGUGUAGAUCAGGUGUAGAUAGAUCAAACAGAAAUGUGGCAAGCAGAAGACAAACUCAAAGAAGUCUUGAUACUUAUAAGACUGUUAGUAGUUGCUCUCCUCUUUUCAUCUAUCUCUGUCAAUGGAAGACGUGACUUUUUAAGCAGAGUAGUUAUUUAAAACCAAUUUUUGUAUUUCAAGUCCUAGUUUUAUAUCCUCUUGUGCCAAUGAAAGCUGUCCGGGAAAGCAGAAAUGAAUUUACAGCUAGGUACAAAAUUACUUCAAAUAGUUUUGACUUGUGUAUCUUUGUCUUGUCUGGCAUGAAUGCAAAAUAAAAUAAUUGUUUUGCCUCUGUAA